UGCUCUCAAAAGCUGAGUCUAUCCCUCUACGAUGCGUCUUUUUCGGCAACUAUUUCCCCGGGUCAAGUUGGUUCGACAUUAUGCCUCUUUCCCCGAGAUCAAACCAUGUCUCGAAUACACUUCCAUAACCCACCCCGACACCCCGGCUCCUCAAGCUACUCUCGAUCUCAUCCGCUCUCAUAGCCAAUAUCAACUCAACACUUACAUUCGUCCUCCUAUCCUUUUCACCAGAGGUUCCAAAUGCAACCUCUACGAUUCCGUUUCUCGUGAAUAUCUCGACUUCUCCGCAGGGAUAGCCGUCACUGCAUUAGGUCAUUCAGAUCCAGGAGUCACAGCUGUGAUAGUUGAUCAAGCAUCGAAAUUAAGUCAUUUAUCUAAUGUGUAUUGGAACGAAUGGGCGGGUGCUCUUGCGAAAUCUAUCGUCGACCUCACUACUUUACAUGGUGGUUUAGGACUCAAACCUAUUGAGACUACUUCCUCGACCAAUCAAGAUUCAGAAUCAAAAGUCGGAGCUCAGGUAUUCUUUUCUAACACGGGUACGGAAGCGAAUGAAGGUGCUUUGAAAUUCGCUAGGAAAUAUGGGAAACAAAUUGGCGGAGAGACAAAAACUGGGAUUGUAUGUUUCUCAAAUGCUUUUCAUGGAAGAACAAUGGGAGCUAUUUCUUGUACCCCUAAUCCUAAAUAUCAAAAACCUUUUGAACCUCUUAUCCCCGGUGUGAGGGUGGGAGAGUAUAACGAUAUGGACGAAGAGAGGAUGAAAGUUUUGAUUGAUGAUUCUGUAUGUGGAGUGAUUGUCGAACCUAUUCAAGGUGAAGGUGGAGUGGGGACUGGAAAAGUUGAAUGGUUGGAAAUGUUAGGGAAAAGAUGUAGAGAAGUAGGAGCUGUUUUGAUAUAUGAUGAGAUACAAUGUGGGUUAUUUAGGACGGGAGAAAUGUGGGCGCAUUCGAGUUAUCCUGAAGAUGCUCAACCCGACAUCAUAACCAUGGCCAAACCUCUCGCAAACGGUUUCCCAAUCGGUGCCAUUCUGGUCCGUUCCAACAUAGCCGAAUCAAUCACCACCGGAUCUCACGGGACUACUUUCGGUGGUCAACCCCUCGCCACACGAAUAGGUCAUUAUGUCUUAUCUCGACUUUCUGACCCUUCUUUCAUUACUUCAAUCAAUACCACCGCUCAACAUUUAGAUGGCCUUCUUUCUCGUUUACCUCGACUGUUCCCAAAUCUUGUUUCUGAAAUCAGAGGGAGGGGUUUGAUCAGGGGUAUAGCUUUCAAAGAUGAGAAAAUGCCCGGAGAAGUGGUUCGGAUGGCUAGGGAGAGAGGAGCGUUAUUUUUGACAGCGGGGAAGGAUACGGUUAGGUUGGUACCGGCUUUAAUCGUGAGUGAGGAGGAAUGUGAUAGAGCUAUUGGGGUUUUAGAGAGUUGUUUGGCUUUGUUGAGUGAGAAGCAAUAAGGGCAGUAGAUCUUUUUUUGAGUAAUUAGAGAUGAGUUCAGUAGAUAAGGAUAAGAGAAUAGGACGAGAUCUGUAGAAUGCAUAACUGUGUGACUAC